UCGCUCCCGGCCCGUCCUCCCGGCGUCCCGCCGCCCUCGCCCCCGGGCCCGCCGUCUCAUUUGCCGCCGUCCCGCGCGUGACCCGGCGCGGGGUGCGCCGCGCGGCCCCAUGUGCCCCCUCCUGCUCGCAGUCGCCGCGCCCCGAACCCCGCUCCUCUCGCUCCUGCUCCUCCGCAGCGGGUUCGCCGCCAUGUCUACCGCGGGGCCCCUCAAAUCCGUGGACUACGAGGUGUUCGGGAGAGUGCAGGCAGGCAGCGCUCUUCACUGUUGAGGAGCUCAGAGGGGAAUAUGCACAGUGCAGCAGUGACCAAACCUUCAACUCUACUUGGGCCUUCCAGGAUCGUCUCACUCUUAGGGUGUCUGCUUCAGAAUGUACACAGAAGGUGAGGCUAAGAAAAUAGGAGUGGUUGGCUGGGUGAAGAAUACCAACAAAGGCACUGUUACAGGUCAAGUGCAAGGCCCUGAAGAGAAAGUCAACUCCAUGAAGUCCUGGCUGAGCAAAGUUGGAAGUCCCAGUUCUCGCAUUGACCGCACGGACUUUUCUAAUGAAAAAACCAUCUCUAAACUUGAAUAUUCUAAUUUUAGUAUUCGAUACUAAUAGAAAUGAUAAUAUAUAGACUGCAUUAUAGACACUAUAUAUUCUUAUGUAGUAGGGUAAUAGUAGCAGAGUAGUAAAAAAAGGAACACUGUUCUGAAAGCUACAUUAUACAGAUUACUAAAAAUGACACUGAAAUAGUUUUACUCAACUGUUUUUCACUAAUGCAAAAAUUAGUAUCUAAAAUAAAAAUGUCAUUAUAAAAUAUUUAAUAUGAGUAUUUAAUUUAAACUUGUCUCAUGGAAACUAAUUCUAAUGAAUGUUAUAGCUUACAUGUUAUUUGGCUAGGCUAGACAUAAAAUAAUAAAGUUAACCAUUUAAAAAGUAUUUUUAGGUACUGUUAUCUGAUUUGAAUUCUAAAACCUUCCAAAAAAGAAGUGUUAUUAAAGUUAAGUAAUUUUAAUUACUCAAAAAGAACCAGUAGUUAGAUAUAAACGUAUAUGAUUAUUAGUAUAACCCAAAAAUAGUAUCAAAAAAGAGUUGAAUUUUUAAGUUCUGAUUAAGUGAGAACAUGGUUCAGUACUUGGGUUGGCGCGCCUUAAUGCAUCUGUGAACUACUUUGUUCUGUAUAGUGAACAGAUGAGCGAUGGCAACUGACUGAGAACCCACAAUUUCAGUAUAGCAAGCAGCAAGGUUUGUAUCAACAACCCUCCAUGAUGGAUAUCCCUUACCCAGAACAACUGAGAGUCUCAAUAAAUCAUACUAUCCCCCAAA